GGCACCCUUUUGGGCUAACAUUGCUAGGAACCUUUAUUUUGCCAGACUCAGUAUAUUCCCCUGUUCAGUUCUAGGCUGCACACCAAGCGUUGGCUUCUAGCUGUUGGCAAGAAGGUAAGAAUCUGCAUUUGGAAAUGGAAUUUAUUGAAGAUGAAGAUGAAAUACAGGAAAAUUACAAUGAUUAUGUUCCAAAGAAGUACACUUGGGAGAAACAGCGUCAUUUUAGACGUUCUGGGAUUAAGGUUUCCAUAUCUGGUAACAGGAUAUCUGAUAUACCUCAUAGGAUUCAAUCCUUUUCUGAGAAACCAAUACCAGUUCUAAAAAAACGGGCAUUUUCUAAGAGGCCAAGUAUAUCACCAUUUUCUGCAACUGCAAGUCCUUCUGGUGUCUUUAAUAUGAUUGACACAUUUGACCGAGAGCCUGAUGCUUUUGCAAAAGAAACCUUUGCUUCUGCUAAAACCUACAAAAAUUUCUUCAAUGACAAAACUGGCAAGAGAAUUCCGAAGAUUGGAGCAUAUGCGGAAGCUGGUAUUGGAAAGGCACGGGCUGAGGUCAGCGUGUUUGAAGCUGAAGCUAGAGGUCCCAACGCCUCAGCUGGUGCAGAAGCCAGUUUGACUGGAGUAAGUGCCAUGGCCAAAGCAGAGAUAGCAAGUGCUUCUGCCUCCGCUGGUCCUCUUGGUGUCAAGGUUGGCCUUGGUGUAGAUACUGGAGUAUCAGCUGGAGUGGAUGGUGUGGAGGUAAAAUUCUUAGGGACUGGCAUUAAAUUUGGUCCCACAACAAGUGUUUCUCUAGUGGGAUCAGAAGUUUCAUGUGUUCUCCAAUAAAUCCAAUGGUUCUCCAAUAAA